UUCCCUUCCCCUCUCUCCCCAGUGCUCCCGCCGCCGGCCCAGCCAGAGCAAACUUCUAGGCUGCUGUCUCCCUCGAGACGCCAUGUACCGGCUCCCGUCAGCCGUGACAAUCCGAGCUGCAACUCCCGGGGGCUUGGCCUGGGGCUGCGGGCGCCGGGCAGCCCACUACCGCGCUAGGCUGCCGCCGCUCGGCCCCGGCUGGGUCGGGGGCCUCGGGCUAGGGCUAGGGCUUGCGCUCGGAGUGAAGCUGGCCGGCGGGCUGAGGGGCGCAGCCCCCGCGCCAUCCCCGACGGCCCCCGACCCCGAGGUGUCGUCUCAGGUGGAGACGCCACCGCCGUCGCCGCCGAAAGAGCAGCCCCUCGCCCCUUGGUCUCCCCAGACCCCGACGCUGCCCACCUCCAGGCUGUACGCCAGAGCCAUUGACAGCAGCCGUGACCUGCUGCACAGGAUCAAGGAUGAGGUGGGCGCGCCCGGCAUAGUGGUUGGAGUCUCUGUAGAUGGGAAAGAAAUCUGGUCCGAAGGUUUAGGUUAUGCUGAUGUGGAGAACCGUGUACCGUGCAAACCAGAGACAGUUAUGAGAAUUGCCAGUAUCAGCAAAAGCCUUACCAUGGUUGCUCUUGCCAAAUUGUGGGAAGCAGGGAAACUGGAUCUUGAUAUUCCGGUACAACAUUAUGUUCCCGAAUUCCCAGAAAAAGAAUAUGAAGGUGAAAAGGUUUCUGUCACAACAAGAUUAUUGAUUUCCCAUUUAAGUGGAAUUCGUCAUUAUGAAAAGGACAUGAAAAAGGUGAAAGAAGAGAAAGCUUACAAAGCCUUGAAAAUGAUGAAAGAAAUAGAAUGUGACCAAGAAAAAGAGUUAAAAGAAAAAGGAGGCAAAAGUAAUGAAAGGAAUGACUUUGCUAAAGCUAAGGUAGAGCAGGAUGAAGCCAAAGGCCGAAAUUCCAAACCUGUCAAGAAAAAAAAUGAUUUUGAACAAGGUGAAUUAUAUUUGAAAGAAAAGUUUGAAAAUACAAUUGAAUCCCUAAGAUUAUUUAAAAAUGAUCCUUUGUUCUUUAAACCUGGUAGUCAGUUUUUGUAUUCAACUUUCGGCUAUACCCUACUGGCAGCCAUAGUUGAAAGAGCUUCAGGAUAUAAAUUUUUGGAUUAUAUGCAGAAAAUAUUUCAUGACUUGGAUAUGCUGACAACUGUGCAGGAAGAAAAUGAACCAGUGAUUUACAACAGAGCAAGAUUUUAUGUUUACAAUAAAAAGAGACGUCUUGUCAACACACCUUACGUGGAUAACUCCUAUAAAUGGGCUGGUGGUGGAUUUCUGUCUACGGUGGGUGACCUUCUGAAAUUUGGGAAUGCAAUGUUGUACGGUUACCAAGCCGGGCUGUUUAAGAACUCAAAUGAAAACCUUUUACCUGGAUAUCUCAAACCAGAAACGAUGGUUAUGAUUUGGACACCAGUCCCUAACACAGAAAUGUCUUGGGAUAAAGAGGGGAAAUACGCGAUGGCAUGGGGUGUUGUGGAAAAGAAGCAAACAUACGGAUCUUGCAGGAAGCAACGUCAUUAUGCCUCACAUACUGGAGGUGCCGUGGGUGCCAGCAGUGUCCUGCUGAUCCUUCCUGAAGAACUGGACGCAGACUCUCUGUAUAACAAGGUUCCUCCGAGAGGAAUAGUUGUUUCUAUCAUAUGUAACAUGCAGUCUGUUGGACUCAAUAGCACUGCUUUAAAGAUUGCUCUGGAAUUUGAUAAAGACAGGUCAGACAUUCCUUAGCAUCGCAGGUGGAAAAAUGAACUGUUUUUAAAUGUUAAAGUUCCAAAAUAGAGGUUUUGAUAAGAAUAAAUUUGUAAUGUAAGUAAAAUUGAAUGCAAAAAGUAUGUACCUCUAAUUACUUACUUUUGUAAUUGUCUUAUUGUAGGGUUAGUUCUUUAUACUCAGGGAAAUAACUGUAUUUUAUUUACUUUUUGGGAAAAAAUGUUAACUCUUGAAAUAAAAUAUUCUGAUAAAAAUA